AUCUGUUCUGUGUAGGUGUGAGGAUCAUCAUCAUCAUGGUGAAGAUCAGCUGCAAAACGGUAACCGGACACAAACCGGGAGGAACCGAGGAACCUCCUCAGAUCUGCAUCCACCCCCAGCAUCACCCACAGCACGUGGCAGAUCAGCGGGUACGACGGUCCUCUCUGAGCGGACUCUGCUGUUUGAUCACGGCUUUAAUUCUCUGUACCUGCAGCCUGAUCUACGCCUCAGUCUACAUCUACCACUAUUACAUCAUACAGCAGGUGGAUGAGUCUCAGUUCCAGUGCAGUGUGUAUUAUGAAGAUGGACUGAAGGCUCCACAGCGAGAGAAGCUUCAGGAGAACGUGAAGAUCAACCUGCAGCAGAACUACGAGAGGAUCAGCGUCCCUCCCCCCCAAAGCCACACCCGCACCCACACACACCCCGCUACCAUCAUCCACGACUUCAACACGGGCGUGACAGCGUAUCAUGACAUCACUCUGGAUAAGUGUUACAUCACCGAGCUGAACAGCAGCGUGGUUCUGCCACCGAGGAACCUGUGGAAACUCCUGGUCAACGUCAAGAUGAGAACCACAAACGAGGGCGUGGCUCUCCCUCAGACCUACAUCAUACAGGAGGAGAUGGUGAUCUCGGACCGGGUCACCAACACUCUCCCGUUCGGAAUGUUGGUCCACAAACUGUGUGAAGGGAAACAGACGUAUCAGAUCAGACGCCGUCUCACACGCCGACGUAUCGCUAAGAGAGAGGAGCAGAGCUGCCACUCCAUCCGACACUUUGAGAACACGUUUGUGGUGGAGACGAUGAUCUGUAGCACCCCAUAACCCCAUCCCCCCCCCCCACCCCCACCCACACACACACACUUCCUGUUUAGCUCUCACUGGUUUCAUUCUGAUGUUUGGAGCUUCUGAAGAGCCGAGACGAGUCGUCGAUACUUCCUGUACAUCAGAAGAACGUUUCGUGUCACGAGGACAUGAGUUCCAUCCCAAAAAUCUGGACUGUUUACUGUGUAUCGCUCCUACGUGCGCUAUACGAGCAAAAGUAUGUGGACACCACGUCUAAAUUCUGGAUGAUCUUAUUUAAUUUAUUUUGAAUGUCUUUCAGCCACAACAGAAAAAUGCUGUGAUAAAUCAAUUUUUAUAUAGAGAAAAUAAGAUGCUUUCAACAGUUUAGGGAAGGUCCUGUCCUGUUUCUGUGAGCGAACUCUAUACAGACAUGAAACAUCAACUGAUCAGUCAGCGUUCAGCCACACAAAUGCUCAUUUGUCAUUUCUUUAACUGAACGGGCACAAAUUCCCAUACACAGACUCACCUCACUUUUGAAAUGGGAUGUCCAACAAGCUCGUGGUCAGGUGUCCAAAUACUUUUGGCCGUAUAGUGUAUACAUUAAUGUGUGUGUGUGUGUGUGUGUGUGUGGGGAACCUCCUCUUCCAGCAUGUUCUCCCUGAUAUGUUCUUGUGUUUCUCUCUGUGUGUGUGUGUGUGUGUGUGUGUGUUAUGCUCGGCGUGUGCUGAUAUCACCUCACUUUAUUAGGAACACCACCGCGCUGAUGCUGAUCUCAGAAGGUUCUGGGUUCUUCUCUGCAUGGAGCAGGCGUUCAGGUGUUCCUAAUAAACUGGCCGGUCGGGUGUUGGAGAGAACUGGAAUGGAAGCUCGGUCAGGAUCAGAUGACGUGGUGGUGAUGAUGGAGAAUAUCGCGAUGUAUCAUGUGUUUGAUAAUCAGUACACGCCUGGUUCGUUACGCUGUUCGUCUGCUCCUGUAGCUCGGUUAGCGUGUUCAGUAAGUCGUGUUUAUUUCUCGGUGUUAGCCGUGUGUGUAGCGUAGAUGAAUUUCAUUUGGAUCCUGCAUGAUAAUGAUAAAGAUGUAAACGUGUUCGGUACUGAAACUCUGCGCUGAUGUAGCGAAUAAACACCUGAAACAGCGCUAA